AUGGGGGCGUCCGUGCUCCUCUGGGCCCUGACUCUUCUAGCCGUCACGGCUUCGGUGGCUCCAGAGCCCCAUUAUCUGGUGGUGGUCCCAGCCCACCUGUAUCACCCCAAUGUGGAAAAAGUCUGCGUGCUUCUCAGUUCUCUCCCGGAGAGCGUUCACCUGAAUGUCAUGCUGGAGAUGAAGGCCAAGAACUAUUCCAUAGUGGACAAGGAGGUGGAGAAGCCAGGAACAUUUGAGUGCGUCAAUUUCCAGGUCCCACCCUUCAAUGUCACGAGAAUGAUCGAUAGAAGAUUCGCGGAGGAGGAAGAGGUCGCCUAUGUGCACGUCCACGUCAGCCGUGGCGACAGCGUGAGCUUCGAUGGCCGGAAGAAGGUGCUGGUCAGUAACGCUCUCAUCCGCACUGUCGUCAAGCCGGACAAGGCCUUCUACAAGCCCGGAGAGACAGUCAGGUUUCGGAUCGUGAGGCUCGAUGAGGAGUUGAAGGCCCUGCAGAAACCGGCGAGUAUUGAUUCUUCAGAGAUCCCUUUGGUACACCUGGUGGAUCCCAACCAGAACCGGAUUGGCCAGUGGCUGAAUGUGGAAACCAAACAAGGCAUUGCGGAUCUCUCCUUCCCCCUGCCUUCGGAAGCAGCCCUGGGAGGUUAUUUAAUCCAAGUGGGAGAGGAUUUCCGCAGAAGGGGAGGGGGCUACUUUGAAGUGGAGGAAUAUGAACUGCCCAAAUAUGAAGUGUUCUUUGAGCUACCUCCACUGGUCACCACCUCAGAUGAACAAUUUCUGGUCAAAGUAUGUGGAAAGUACACCUAUGGGAAACCUGUGCAUGGAAAAGUAGAUCUGACUUUACGCAGGACCGGUUCGUUUUUUUCCCCGUACGCGAUUUGGAGUCUAAACAGGACAGACGUCAAGAAGGAGUACGUAAGCAAGACGGAUUUGACUGGCUGCGCCUCGUUCACUAUUCAUUCUGCUGACAUUAAUAUGACUCAGGAAGGCUUGGUUUACCUUUCCGCAGAAUUCGUGGAAAAAGAAACAGGAGUGAAAAGCGAAAUGGAAGAGAUUUUCUCUCUUGGCACCAAGGAGGUGUCAAUCAGCUUUGUCAGCCUCAAUCCUUUCUACAAGCAGGGCUUUCCAUAUACUGGCAAGGUAAAUGCUUCUGUCGGAGAACUACCUAUUCAGAACGAGACGGUCUAUCUCACGGUAGAGGUGGACGAUGUAGAGACGCAUCAUCCGUACAUCACAGAUGAGAACGGCGAUGUCGACUUCUCCCUAGACACCACGAACUGGAACAACACCCUCGUUUCCAUACGGGGUAGACAUUUCAUUCAAAAUUUCACCCAGGAUGAUGAAGUCAAUAGUAUGAGGUUAGGCCUGGAAGCAUUCAACUGGCUGAAACCCUUCUACUCAGAGAGUAACAGCUUCCUCGAGAUCCAGUACAUAGAGGAUGAACUGCCUUGCGGAAAGGAUCAGGAAGUACUGGUGGACUAUGUCAUCGAUCGGAAAGAACUGGGGCCCGAGGCCGACCACGUGGAUUUCUAUUACUUGGUUGUCUCAAAGGGAAGGAUUGUUUCCAGCGGGCAGAAACAGGUGCCAAUAGGCCAGGAUGAGACACUGAAAGGCACCUUCUCUCUCUCGCUGCCCGUGAACAUGGAUCUGGUGCCCAUUGCCCGGCUUCUGCUGUACGCCGUGUUUGCUGAUGGUGAGGUGGCAGCUGAUGUGGAUGUGUUCCGUAUAGAGAAGUGUCUCCGGUAUCAGGUGUCGGUGGGCUUUUCUAAGGAGGAAGACCUUCCAGGAUCAGAGGUCAGCCUACAAGUUGAAGCCGCUCCUGGGGCGUUGUGUUCCCUCCAAGCUUUGGACAAGAGCGUCAUACUGCAGGGGGAGAUAAAUAACAUGCUGGACCUGGACAAGCUGUACCUAUCCCAUAACUACGAAGACUCAGAUACAAUCGCUGGAAGGGGGUUUGGUUAUCACUUGGAAGACUUCGAGCCUUACCCAUGCCUCCUUCGUCCAGAUCCCCGUCAAAAGCACAAGCGGUCGGAGAUCGUGGCCCCCUGGUAUCAAAGUGUGGCGGAUGUCUACAGUCUUUUCAAGUCCUUGAGAAUGAAAGUUAUCACCAAUACCCAAAUUAAAAAGCCUGUCUCCUGUGACCACCCACAGUAUGACCGGAUGCUUUUCAGAGGCAACGGUGAGAAUCCAAGCGAUGCCACGGUUUUGCAGAUAGAAAGUCACCCUCCCAUUGCCAAAGCAGAGGAGAAAAAGAAGUCCAAACCCAGGAAAUACUUUCCCGAGACCUGGAUCUGGGAUCUGGUGACAGUCAAUGAGGAGGGGAAAGUAUCUCUCUCUGUUACGGCUCCUGACACGAUCACGGAGUGGAGAGCCGAAGCCUUCUGUCUGGCGGAUCUUGGCCUUGGGCUCGCCCAACCGGCGACCUUCCGGGUGUUCCAGCCGUUCUUUGUGGAUCUGUUGAUGCCCUAUUCUGUAGUCCGUGGGGAGACUUUUGAACUCAAAGCCUCCGUCUUCAAUUACCAGAAGGAAUGCAUCCAGGUGAUCGUCCGGCUGGCGGAAUCGCAGCAGGUGGAGGUGAAGCCCUGCCUGACCUGCCAGUUUACCGCCUGCCUCUGCGCGGAGGAGGCCCAGACCUUCUCGUGGAACGUGACGGCGACGCACCUAGGACAUGUUAAUCUCUCGGUAACUACGGAGGCUGAGGAGACGCAGGACCUGUGUGGCAACAAAAUCGCCGUGACGCCCCCCCAUGGCCGCUCCGACACCGUGAUCAAGCCCCUGCUGGUCAAGCCAGAAGGCGUCCCCAAGGAAGAGACCCACAAUGCAUUCCUCUGCUCCUCAGGGGAUGCCGUGGUGGAGGAAGUUUCUCUCAAGCUGCCCGAGGAUCCUGUGGAGGACUCUGGCCGAGCCACCUUCUCUGUCAUCGGUGACAUUCUGGGCCCCGCUCUGCAGAAUAUAGACCAGCUGCUCGAGAUGCCCUUUGGUUGCGGGGAGCAGAACAUGGCCACGUUUGUUCCCAAUAUCUUCAUAUUCCAAUACUUGGAGGCCACCAACCAGGUGACACCCAAGAUCAAAGACAAGGCCAUGGACUACAUGAAGAAGGGGUACCAGCGCCAGCUGCUCUACCACCACAGCAAUGGCUCCUACAGUGCCUUUGGCCCACGCGAUGAUGAGGGCAACACCUGGCUGACAGCUUUCGUGGCUCGGGCUUUUGGCCAGGCAAAGUCCCACAUCUUUAUCAACAAAAAACACAUCCAGGAUACUGUUCACUGGUUGGAGAGACACCAGCUUCCCAGCGGCUGCUUCGAAAGCGUAGGAAGGCUCUUCAACAACGCCCUGAAGGGUGGAGUGGACGACGAGUUCUCGCUGACGGCUUAUGUGGCUGCCGCGCUGCUGGAGGUUCACCUCGACCAGAACAAUACCGUGGUAGAAGAGGCUUUAGGCUGUCUGAAAAGGAACUUAAGUUUUGUGGAGGAGGCUUACCCCAGAGCCUUGUUGGCGUACGUCUUCACGUUGGCAGGAGACAUGGAGACACGGCAACAGCUCCUGAGAGACUUAGAUGAACAGGCUUACAAAACAGAGACCGAGAUAACUGCCUAUGUCCUCCUGGCUUACCUCUCCAAACCCGAGGUGUCUGCAGAUGACAUCAAAGUGGCCUCCCAGAUUGCGGCCGCCCUUGUUAAGCAACAGAAUCCAUACGGGGGAUUUUACUCCACGCAGGUAACAUUGGUCGCUCUGCAGGCUCUCUCUCGGUACGCAGCCUUGACCUAUCACGAGAUCGAAGGCGUCCAGGUGGUGGUGAAGUCCGCCACAGGUUUCAAGCACGAAUUCCAUGUGGACAAGGGCAACCGGCUGGUGCUGCAGCAGGCGCCUCUCCCCGAGGUCCCUGGCCAGUACACAGUGGAGGUCUCGGGAAAUGGCUGUGCAUACGUGCAGAGCACUCUUCGCUACAACCAACAUCCCGAAAAACAUGAUGCUUUUAAUUUGAGUGCGGAGACUUUGCCGAAGGAAUGCAACCGGACUACCAGCAAAUAUUUUGAUAUUCACCUGCAUGUAAGCUACAUAGGGGAACGAGAGAAAAGCAACAUGGCCCUGAUUGACGUGAAGAUGCUCUCGGGACACAUCCCUGUGAAGAAGACUGUGAAGAAGCUGUUAGAGAAGCCUCGAGUGAAAAAGGUGGAAUUCGAACCUGACACGGUCAGCAUCUACCUGGAUGAGCUGGAUAGUGAAGUGCAACAUUACACAUUCUCAGUGGAACAAGAAUUUGAAGUGAGAGACCUGAAGCCAGUGACAGUGAAAGUCUACGAUUACUACCAUCCAGAUGACUAUGCGGUCGCUGAGUACAACGCUCCCUGCAGCACAGGUAGGGAUGGGUCGGGCUCCUCUUGCAGACGUUCCAACCAGUAG